UCAUUCUGUUAUCAGUGUUAUCAAUAAUUUGUCAAUUCGUCGUCAAAUACUCGGGCUAUUGGCUAUUCCUGUAAAAAAAUCCAAGUUAUUUUGCAGUUAUUCGCAUUUACUGAUUUGAAUCUGUGAAGUCGCUUAUUAAUUGAAAAUGGAGAGCAUACUUGCAAUGAACGGUAGUUCAGACCCUCGUAGACCUGACAAACAAAUAAGGUAUAAACCGCCAUCUCCAUCCUCUCAGCCAGUUCCUGGAGAAGACUUGACUCCAGACUACAUGAAUCUUCUUGGCAUGAUCUGUAGCUUGUGUGCCAUGAUGUUGCGACUCAAAUGGUGUUCAUGGAUGGCUUUGUACUGCUCUUGCAUUAGCUUUGCAAACUCAAGAGCCAGUGAUGAUUCUAAACAAAUCCUCAGUAGUUUCAUGUUGUCUGUCUUUUCGGUAGUCAUGUGCUACUUAACCAAUCCCCAACCAAUGGUGCCUCCUUGGAUGUCGGAAUAACUACUUCAGAGACAACGACAGUUUUAUACUCUAUCCUUUUUGAAAACUCAUUAUUUAUCAUUCCUAAUAAUUUUACAAAACGCUUGGCUCUCAUUCAACCAUGACAGUACCUAUGCAGCUUCCUGCUGUAAUUUUUUUUUCCUUCAUUGUAAUCAGUGAUUCAGAAGGUUAGCUUCUCUGAAGUUUGUAAUACUCCUCUAGUCUUAUUUUCGUAUUGUGAUCACUGUUUCUUUACCAUCUCUUAUGUUAAUUUUCAAUAUCAUUUUAUCAGUAUUUUUCCACAAAUAGAAAAAAAUAUUUACAAAAAACUGUUUGAGUAAAAGAGGCCUCAAUUGGAAACCAAAAUGAAAUUUUCAUUGAAAAACUUCCAAACUCCAUUUAAAAGUUGAAUUUUACUUUAUUCACUUUGAUUAAUUAUACACUGUUUAAUUUUUUGACUCGAUUUACAACGAAAUUUUAAUUGGUUUACUCUUUGAUCUCCGUUUAUUUUAAAAUUGAUGUGCAUGUAAUUUUCUCAUUCAGCAAUGUGGCGUGUGGUGUUUCUUUUAAAUAAAAUUUCUAGUCAUUUUUUACAAAAAAAAA